UUUUCCUCACUCCAUUAUAAACAAUGUUCCAAAAAAUUGCCAAUUUCUGGUUCUCCAGCUUUGUUACUGAGCGUCUUUUAGCCAGUCCUUUAUUCAACAAAAUGGCACAAAAGACCCACCACCAUGUCUCUACUAUCACUGAUAAAGGUGCUAAACCCGUUAGCGAUUUCAUGAAGGCUUUCAAGGAAAACCUCGAGAAGGAAGCUAGAAACAGUGCUAGAAAGUAAAUGGAUUGAUUACAUUUACACAUACACACAUACACACACAUACACACACACAGACACCCAUCCCUACCAUUUCAAUUUUUUUUUUUUUAUAACAUUUGUAUAAUAUAACGCUUUGGCUUCUCCUCCCAAAA